UCGCUCCUCUCGGUCGGCUCGGUCGUAGCGGAGCGGACAGGAGCGGAGCGGAGAGCGCAAAGCCCACACCAUACCGCACACCACCAGCUUGCUCGCACGCUCGCUCGCAAUAACUCUAAAUUCGAGGCAAGAUGGCGGCCGCAGCGACGGAGGCCCCAUCCGCGCACCUUGCGCUCGCCACGGGCGAAAAGAUCCUCGUGACCGUCGAAUCCGCGCUGCCCGACAUCCUCGUGGUGUCCUUCGUCCACGGCGCCAAGUGCUUCCAAGGUGCGCUCCUCGACUCCGCCAAGAGAGGCCUUCCCUGUGGUGUUCAACCCCCGGAACCGGUACCGGAUCCCGAUGGCGACAAGCUGGCAACGAUCGCCGCGCGCUUUAGCUACUUCCAGGAACGGAAAAAUGCGUCGUCAGCGUCGUCGACUGCUGUUGUCACCAAGGUUGACCUUCGCAGGAGCAUCAAUCCGCCCGCUAGAUACAAGAAUGCGAGACCCACGGUGAGAUUGAGACCUCGUCAGGUGCUCUGUAGCAAAUGUCGAUCGAUAUGUAACGAAAACAGCGAGAAUGUCGAUGUGAGCAGGAAGCGAAAGCAUGAAGAAGCGCAACACCAAUCGCAGCAGCUGGUUCCGGGCUCGACGAGAAGAAGUGAUCGAUGUUGCGGUCAACAACCGCAGAAGACACAACGAACGCUGUUGUCGGAAUGUCAGACGGAAAAUUCGAUUUCCAAUCAAGCGACGACGAAGAUGACAACUUCGAGUGGUGAUUCAUCGAAGCUGGGGGCAUCGUUGAUUCCGAAAUUGUCCAGAUUGCAGCCUAAUGAGAUUAGUAAUGCAAUGCAAAGCUCCGGUCAAUUAUCUGACAAGGUGAAGGUUGCAGCGAGCGCGCAAUCUACGCAUUGGUCUGUUAAUAAUGAGAAGGAAUCGUCUUUAAGGAAUGUAUUAACGUCAUCGCAAGAGCGAGUGGAAUCAUCCGCCGAUUGUGACAACAAUCCUUCAAUGGCCUAUUGCGCUACGCCGAGAAGGCUAAGUAGUUCGUCGGUGGAAAGCGCGAAAAUCCCUGAGGAGGAGGAAAAGAAAACCUUUGCGGCCGCGGAUUCGACGAUGAGAUUAAGAACUGGCAGAAUACCGAGAAAGAAACGCUCGGUGGGUUCAAUGGAAGACCUCUGGGACGAAUCAGUGUUUGAGGAUCCUACAAGGACCGCCAGAACCACGCCGGUGAUCAAGAUUUCUUUUGGCGCGCAGGGCGAGGGGACUGUGCUUAAAAUACCCGCGAAACCUCAAGAUCCUGAUGCGUAUGAGCAUGAGACCGAUGACGCUGACGAUGCCCAACAAGAGAGAGAUUCCUUGGAAUUAUCCAGGUCCUUCGGCAACGAUUACGAAGGUGAGGAAGACGGGCAAGAGCAAGUGGAUCCUCAGAAGCAGGGUGAUGUGGUGAAGGAUGCCAGCGCGAAGGCGGCGAAACGGGCUUUAAAAAAAGCAAAAAAGGAAGCUAGGAGGAAGAUGUUGGGCGGAGUGUCACCAGCGAGAUCGCCUUGCAAUGGUUCGCCGAGAUACAACCCCACGUACGAUCCACUUUCAUACCACCGGCGGAAGCACAAGGUAAAGCAUAAAAAGAAACACAAGGAGGGCCGGAAACAUAAAAAUCAGCCACAACAAGAACAACCUCAGCAGCAGGAGUCUCAGCAACCUUGUCCGGAUUCCGUGGAACAAGAACAGGAACAAGAGCAAGAGCAGGAACAACAACAGCAGCAGCACCAGCAAAACUGGAACGUUUUGCCGGGCAGCGGCGAAUCCUACAGAGCUAUCAAGGAGCAGUGCCUGAAGCAAAAACUAUCGAUAUCCUUGAAGAGGCUCAACACGAACGCGUACGCACGCUGCGAUUAUCCCGUGAGCAAUGCAUCCUCCGGUUGCAAGAGCUCCGGCGGUAGUAGCGACGAGUUGAGCGAGCACGAGCCAGAAGUAGAGACCGCACCAGACUUUCCGCCGCAUCAGUCGCAUCCUCUGGUCAUGCGCCUGGCCGCUACACCUGUGGCGCACUGCCUCAUGGCUAAUGGCAGGCGAAUGGACGUGGGCGACGUUGUCUGGGGCAAAAUCCACGGUUUUCCCUGGUGGCCCGGCAAAGUCCUAAGUAUCACAGUGUCCUGCAAGGAAGACGGCACCUCGUCGGGUCCUCAAGCUCACGUGGCUUGGUACGGAUCGUCAACGAGUUCGCUAAUGUCCUGUGAUCAACUGAGCCCUUUCCUGGAAACUUUUAAAACGCGGUAUAAUAAGAAGAAGCGCGGCCCAUAUAAGGAAGCGAUACGGCAGGCCCAGAACGAGGCUCGGAAUCAGGUCACGCCUAACUCGACCAGUAGCGUGUUGAACGUUUGCGGCUCGCCCCGCGAAGUCAAUGUCCUCUCCUAAGGGUAGUUCUCUGGUAACCAUUCCUUACUGCCGAGCAUCCGUCGGCGUGAUAACUAAAGCGCUUGCGGCAAGAAAGUACCGACUGAGACAUAAUCGGGAAGUAAUUUACAUCUCUGAACUUUUGUUUAACAUUUUUUAUUGAUUUACACUGUUGUUUUCUUCCAAUUUCGCGUAUUAGUAAAGAUUAAAGUUGUGAAAUAUUAAGGGUUUAAUUCGUAGAGCUUAUGUGAUAAACGCUUGCAUAUUAAAGACUUUGGAAUUUUUAAUUGCAUUCUCGGAUUUUGAAUCCAAUUGUUUUGAACUUAUGAAACUUGAAGUGUUUUGGUUAUAGAUCUUUGACAAGACUACGGAUUUUUAUAAUCGAUCCUGUCGUACAUUUUCUUAUUGUAAUAAUUAUUACUAUCGAUGACAGAAGUCCGAUGAGAUAACGCUUUGACGUCAUAUGUAUGAGUCAACGCUGACUUUCCAUGAGCGCUUGCAUUAACGACGGAUCGGAAUUGUCGUGUAACAUAUACAAUUUUGUACAUACUCUUUAGCGCUAAUGAAAUAGUUAUUGAUCGAUGUUCUGUCAGUUAUUUGUUUCGCGAUCAAUUGCUUGGAGCUAGUUGCAUCGGUAAAUCCGAUUAACUAUCGGGUCGAUUAAUUUUAUUUUUUGUUUCAUAAAUUACAAUUUUAAUUAUACUGCUAAAAAAUAAAAAAUAUUUUUUAUUUUUAUUGUUGGCAUAGUUACAAUAUCUUUUAAUUUUCUAAGAAUAAAUUUUUAUAUUCGUAAAUCUUGAAAUUUUGGAUAUAUAAUGAACCGUAGAUUCUAUCUCGUAGAGUAUAAUUGUAAUACUUUAAUAUUUUAAUGAUGUAAUACAUUUGAUGAUCUCGUCACUGGAUAUUGAUAAAUUAAUGUGUUUUUCACGAGAUUAUUGCGGUGCCUGUGGUAGAAUUAUAUUUAAAUGCAAAUUUUUAUUUAUCUUUGAUAAAAAUGGCUAAUGUUUGCGUGGUCGAUUAGCUCCCGGCGAAUUAAGUAGCGAACAUUUACUGCCAUCGUCACUGGCUUUUCUGUCCUCGGCUUACCAAGCGGACAAUAGCGUAAAAGUCUUGCUAUCUAGAUAUCUCUAGACUAAUUAUAAGUAUUUACUGUGAGGUUCGUACUUUCUUUCGUUGAUUAAUCUCCCAAAUAUUUCGGCCGACGUGAUUCGCUAUACUAUCCAAAAAAAAUUAAUCAUUAAAUUAUUACUAAAAAUUUUGCAAUUAUCUGAGAAACCAUUAUCUCAGGCUGCACAUUAUAUAUGCAGUAUAUUUUUCAGAUUUAAUAUAUAUACAUAAAAAUAAGAAAAAGUACUUAUAUAUACAUUUUAAUUUUUAUUUAUCUAGCGCCCUUUGGGGUUUGCAACAAAGAGAAGUAAUGACUCAUGUUUGAGGGAUUAAGUAUAUGAAUUAUCGGUAAUAGUUAUCAAUUAUUUUCGAUGGCCACCAUAGUGAUUCGAUUCGCAGAUCUAAUUGAACAGGAAACGCUGUAUAUGCUUGGGAUUGUAUUUAAAUGUAAAUUUUUAUUCCUCUCCGAGACACAAAGACAGCCAAUGUUUACGCUUCGUGCCAACACUGCCGUGUAAUUAAACAAUCGAUCGUUUGAUCUUCGAGCAACGAUAAUUGUAAAGCAACAUUGUACAACAGCCAUAGAUAAAUUUUGAUUCCUAAAACCAUUAAUUAACAACAGAAGCAGAAUUUAAAAAAAAAAACUUAUGCGGUAAUAAAAAAUUUUCAAUUUGCACCUUUAAAUUGAAAGUUUAAAAAAUUAAAACUUGUAUGAAUUUUUAUAUCUAACAGGUUUUCAGGUUUUAAAAAAAUGAUAAACAGAAUUCUGAAAAUUACAUUCGCAAAUUAUUAAAAUGAUAAAAAUUUGUUAACCUUUAACUCAGCAACGUCAAUUGAAAAGAAAUAAGUGUAACUUAUUAAUGUUUAUUAUUGCAAUCCAUGAAAGUUCUAGAAUUAUAUUGAGCAUUUGUGAAUUAUUUCAUUAUUUUUUUUUUUCAGGGAAAAAAAUAGAUUGGACAUUGAUUUGAAAUUUAAAAAAGAUAUUGUAAAACCGCAAAAAGUACUUAAGAAAUCCUGAUUAUUAUUAAUAUAUUGAUGUUGUGCCACUGCCUCGACGCAAUUUUCUUCCAUAAAAAUAUUUUUCAAAUUUGUCCAAUUAACAAAUUAAUUAAUAUUAACCAUUAAUAUUUUUUUGCAAUAUGUUGGAAAUAUACACUAUUGAAAGAAGAUUUUGUGUUUUUGAGAAAUCUUAUUUGAAACUAAUUUUAUUGAAUUUUGGAAUUGAUGAUUAAAAAAUUAUUAAUAGAUUGCAGAAUUCUUUUUUUUUAUAAUAAUUUUUUAAAUUUUACUUAGCUUUUCAUGAGACUUAAAAAAAAGUUAUUUAAUUAAUUACGAAAUGAGUCCUACGAAAUCGGUUGCGACAUACUUUUUGUUUAAUUAUUAAUUUAAUAAUUAAACAUAGAUAAUUAUUUCUGACACGUCGAUUAAUAAACCGGUGCGAGAAAAAAUUGUAUGUAUGAGAGAAAAAUGGAAUGAGAGAGAAAAAGUGAACGAAAGAAAGAGAGAGAUUGAAAGGCAAAAGAAUGAAAACUAAGGUGUUUUAAGUAACUGUGAUUUUUUUGCAAAAUGUUUUAUAUAUAUUAUAUAUAUAUAUGUACGUUAUAUACAUAAAUAUGAAUUAAUUUCUACACAUAAUAUAAAAGAUGUUUUGAUGUCGCUGUGUUUAUACGAAUUAUGCUAACAUAUCGUUAACGAAAAUGAUUGCUAUUAUGAUCAUUAUUAUUAUUAUUAAUGAUGAUUUUAUUAUGAUUAUUAUUCCUUUAUUAUUGUUGCGGAGCUCGAGUAUUGCUGAUUGCUUGCUGUAAGUAUAUGGAGAUAAAUCGUAUCCAUUGAUUAUUAGCGCAUUUUUAUCGUCUCAUUAAAGAAAUUAAAGUGUAAGUAACAAUAAUUCUCGUUACGAAAAAAAGUUUUGUGCAUUUUUUUUUCUUCAGAAUUGUUUAUUAGAAAAUUUUGUUAUUUGUACUUAUGAGGAAGGCGCCGUUUUAAUUUGCACUGGUUGCUUUGGUUAUUUAAUAUUUCUUCCUUGUAUUGUCUAAUAAGUAUUUACAUGAGUCAAGAAAGAUAUUCGUACGCCAUUGAUUCGGCACAAAAUUUUCUCCAAACCUAAAUUUCUAUUUGUGAAUAUACAUAUUGUUUCUAAAUAUAUAACUUAUUGCUAUACGAUAUAUGGUAUAUUGAUAUACGAUAUUUAAUGUUUUAAUAGCAAUAAAAAUUUUGUAAUUGAAAUUCUCUUUUGAGAUUUUGUAUUUUAUGUGUAACAAAAAAAUUUUAUGUAUUUCAAUUUAUAUUUUAUAAUAUUUUAUAUUCGAAAUCUGUUGAGGGAGAAAUUUAUUUAUUAUUUAUUGAGAAAUAUUUGAAUAACUAUUUGGAGUAAGUAUAAAUAAUAUACUUAUGGCGAAUCAAUCUUGCUGUACGAAUAUUAUUUUUGCGCACUGUAAUUAGCGCGUUGAUUUAGGUGUAUUGCAACUAAACAUUAAUUUAUGAAAAUAAUAUCGCAAUUAAUUUGGCGAAAUUUCUAGAUGAACGAAUCUUUUGAAUAAAUCGGCAUAUCUACCUCAA